GCAAAUACAGACACUCUUAUUCCAGACGUCGGAUCGGUUGCACGUGUUACGCGCAGUUGGCUCUUCGUCUUUGUAGGUUUUUGACUGUUUCCCGCUCAACAAAAAAAUAUAUAAGAAGUAAUUUAAUGAAACAAAAUAUUAAGAAUUAUUCUGCAAUGAUUAGGCAAAGCAAUAGACGACAACAACAGCAACAAAACACAGAUAAUACAAUAAAUGUUUACCAAAAAUAAGUUGAAAAAUCUAUCGGGGACUUACUUAAAUCAAAUAGAGCGUACCAAAAAGAAGAAAGUGAUUCAAAUAAAGAAAAAAUCAAACGUGUGUUUUUUUUUUUAAACUGAAAUCGCUAAAAAUAAGCGAAAAAUUCUAGACAUCAAAUCGCAGCAAGGCAGCAGCAGCAGCAGCAAACCUUCGCCGCGUCGAGUAAAAGUGAACGUGAAGUGAAGCCACGCAGCGCGUCAAAUACCGUUACAACUACUAGACAAUUGGUUAGCGCCGUCGAUUGCGUUCGUGCGAGGUGUGAGUUGUGCGAAAGCUGAAAAGGAAAGCCGAAGGAGAGCAAUAAAUCCAUCAGCGUAUCGUAAAUGAAUUUUAAAGUUCCAAGAGGCGAAAUUAAAAGGAAUUGCAAAUUACUCAUAGACGCGCAAAUCGACGUACAAGAUUUUCGUGUGAUUUUUCUUUUUUUUUUUUCGUUCCUGCUAGCAGUGAGCUUUGACAAUUCACACAGUUACCAUUUUAUGCGUGUGUUUUGUUCAAUCAUAUUUGGCUUGGCCGAUCAAGAAUAUUGCUGAAAAGAAGAAGCAACAAUUAACGAAUUGGAUUACAAUUUUCAUUGCAUUUACUACUACUGGACGGACACACACACAUACGUGUAGCGGAGUUUUUGCAGCUGGAUACUGUGCUACUGUGCUACUGUGCUACUGUUCUAGAAUAGAGCAGACACACCCCAAACUCCGGACGUAAUUUGUGAAUAGAAGGGGAAGAGAAGAAGGUGGCCAAAAUGACGACCGUUACCAGCGGCAUUUGCAUAAGCAGCGAUUUCGACUACUUGGACAUGGAACUCAGCGACCUGAUGGAACUCAACAUUAACUACAGGCUGCCCAGCAUACAGAAUGACGUGGAGAGGAUCGCCGCCGAGCACUCCCACCUGAACAGCUUCGCGCUGUUCGACGACACAGACUUCAAGCCGGAGAUUCGCAACGGCGACUGUAUGUGGCCCACCUUCGGCAGCUCCGGCACACACGGCGCCAGCGGCAGCGGCGGCAACAACGUUUCGGCCGCGUCCAGCUACAGUGAGAGCAGCGCCGUGCCGCCAGCCUUCGUCAGCGGCAGCGCACUGUGCAUCAAGCAGGAGCUGGAGGAUGAGGAGCAGCUUGAGCAGACACAGCACCAGGAACUGGACCUAGAUCAGCAUCACGAUCUCGACCAGGACCACGACAAUGACAGCAACAGCGAGAACUGCCCCCACAAUAGCAACAGCCACAGCAGCAAGAGAAUGAGGAUGAACAGUUGCAGGUCAACUGGCGGCAGCAGCAAGUCCGCUGCGGCGGCGACAGUAACGCCCACGAUUCAGAUACCCAGUCGGGCGACACAGCGGGAACCCACUAUCGAGCCGUAUAUACCGCCUGGUGGCUCGCUGCUGCGCAAAAGCAACACGCAGCACAAGCUGCAGCAGCAGCAACAGCAACAGCAGCAACAGCAGCAACAGCAACAGAAGCUGCAUCAGAAGGCGCAGCAGCAGCGCUACAGCUGUUUGAUAACAAGCAGCAACAGCCUGCCGGAUGACGAACCCAUGCCGGAGGUGUUCAAGCACAACGUGGACCUGCGCGCCUGUGUGAUGGGCAGCAACAAUAUUUCACUGAGGAGCACCUCCGACGAGAACAUCAUCGACCACCUGAGCCGGGAGCUGCAGAACACGAGCAAGGAGCGCAUCGACCUGCCUUACCGCAUCCAGGGCGAUCCGCCCAUCAUCACGGACGUGCUGGAGGUGCUCAACCAGCAGGCGCAGCAGUCGGGCCGCUCGGCAGCAGAGGCGGUGGCGGCGGCUGCGGCAGCUGCCGCAACACUGUCCCCCCCGGCCACAACGACCACCAGCUCGGACUCCGAGUCGGACUACGGCGAUUGCUCCAUGCGCCACAUCAGCGAUCACAGCUACACGCGCUGCAACGAGGUGGAGGCCAACCUGGACACGCCCUCAGACUCUGAUGAGGAAAUCGACGUUGUCUCGCUGAACGAUAAGAAGUUGCCGACGAAUCCAUCGGACCGCGAUCGACGCGUCCUCCAGACAAAGGUGGCCAACAAAAUCUCGAGCGACAAUCGCAUCGUGGCCCACCGCUCGUCCAGGCGCUAUGAGCUGCCCUAUACGCCGGCUAGCAGCAGUCCCGUUAAGUCUGUGGCCAACUCUCGCUACCCGUCGCCCUCGAGCACGCCCUACCAGGGCGCAGGCGCAGUGCCAGCCACCUACUCGCCCGAGAGCAGCAGCAGCAGCGACUGCUUAAGUCCGCCCUGCGUCAUUGGCGUGGCGCCCCUCGGCAAGAAGAAUCGCAAGCGCUUCUACAUGCCCGACUGCAAUGAGUUCUUGCUGGCGGCGGCCAAGCGUCAGCCACGUUCCUAUUUGCUCUCCAAACAGCGCCCCCGGAAGCGUGGAAAAUUCAGUUCAAACGGCUUCGAUGCCAAGGACGUCCGCAGCGUCAUGUCGAAUGGCAGCAACUGCCCCAGCCUUAGCACCAUCACCAGCAGCAACAGCAGCCACAGCAGCCACAGCAACGUCAGCAGCAGCAGUAGCAGUAGCAACAGCAGCAGCAGCAGCAUUCACAGCCACAUCCACAUCCAUAGCAUCAACAGCAACGUCCUGAAACGUCAUCUGAGCGUCGAUGAGGCGGAUACGAUUGAGAAGCGUAAUCUGCAUAACGAUAUGGAGCGCCAGCGUCGCAUUGGACUUAAGAAUCUGUUCGAGGCACUCAAGACGCAAAUACCCAACAUCAGGGACAAGGAGCGUGCGCCCAAGGUCAACAUCUUGAGGGAGGCGGCCAGGCUCUGCGAGCAGCUGACCAGCGAGGAGCGGGACCUGAACGUCAAGCGUCAGCUGUUGAAGGCUAAGCUCAAGCAGCAGCAGGAGCUGUUGGCGCGUCUGCGCAUGAGUCUGAGUAAGAAUGCCGCUGAAUGAUGAUAGCCUUAAGAGAGUAAGAGAAAGAAGAGGAGCAAAUGUGGGGGAGGGAGAGAGAGGAAUGGAAGCAAGUGCGGGUAAGAUAGGACUACAAGUGAAGAACGUGUUUGCAAGCAAUCCAUGUUUAGCGGUAACUAUCGAUAGACCGAUAGAUUAAUGAAUCGGUAACGACGACAGUUUGAGACCGAUGUAGAGAGGGACAGAUAGGAAGAGAGAGAGAGUAGGCGCAAACUGACUAGGUUUUUUUUUUUUUUUUUUUUUUUUUUUUUAUGUGUAAUUUGACGUAGGCUCAGAUAAGCAUUUUUUGAACUUCAAUAUCAGAUUUUAGUAUUAGCCAGUAGAGCGUAUGAUCGAUCGAUCGAACUGUCUCGAUAUUGAUGAGAGAUAACAACAGAUAACAAUGAUAAUAAUUACCAUAACGAUAAUGAUGACGAUGCAGUCAGAUAGUCAGAUAGAUGAUUGCUUUUCUACCGACAUUAUCUACUGCUUCGGAUGCUACAAAUAAUACAUAACAAACGAUCGUCGAAUAGUAUAUUUAAACAAAAGCAAAUAUAUAUAUUCGUUUAUAUAAUAAAUAUAAACAUCCUUGAGCUUUCAGCUUUGGCUUUAUAUAUUGCUAUAUUUAUAUAUGUUAUAUAUGCUAUAUAUAUAUAUUUUCUUAUAUAACUAUAACAUAGUGAUUUAAAUUGGAUUUCUUUCAUGUGAUAUUUUUGAUUUGAUUUUGAAGUGAAACAAAAUGCAAGUUGGAAGCAAAAACUAUAAACUAUAAUGUUUCUAUUGAACGUAGAACUAUGAAAGGGGAAUUUCAAAUGGAAACAAAACAACUUCAUAUUCUCUUUUCUUUUGUUUUUUAUAAUAUUUUUAUUUUGUAUUUUGUUUAAUU